AUAGGUCAAGUGGGAUCUUGUGACCAACCUCCUGAACUCCUCAAUGGGGAAUUUAAAGGAACAAAGAAAGAAGAAUAUGGCCAUGGUGAUGUGGUGGAAUAUGAUUGCAAGCCUAGAUUUUUACUGAAGGGACCCAAUAAAAUUCAGUGUGUUGAUGGAAAGUGGACAAGCUUGCCAAUAUGUGUUGAGGAGAAAAGAACAUGUGGAGAUAUUCCUGAACUUGAGCAUGGAUCUGCCCAGUUUUCUCUCCCUCCUUACCACCAUGGAGAUUCAGUGGAGUUCACCUGCAUAGAAAAUUUCACAAUGAUUGGACAUGGGUCAAUUUCAUGCAUUAGUGGAAGGUGGACCCAGCUUCCUCAGUGUGUUGCAACAGAUCAAUUGGAGAAGUGUAAAGCACCAAAGGCAAAGGAUAAGGAAGCAAUUCAACCCAAUAGGAAUGAAUUUAAUCAUAAUGUCAGUGUGAGUUACAAAUGUAGAGGAAAGCAGGAGUAUAAACACUCAAUCUGCAUCAAUGGAAGAUGGGAUCCUGAGCCAACCUGUACAAACAAAGGAUCCUGCCCUCCUCCACCGCAGAUUCCAAAUGCCCAAGAGAUGCAAACCACAGUGAAAUACUGGGAUGGAGAAAAAGUAUCUGUUCUUUGUCAAGACAAUUACCUAAUACAGAACACAGAAGAAAUGGUGUGCAAAAAUGGAAGGUGGCAGUCAUUGCCACGAUGCAUUGCAAAAAUUCCAUGUUCUGAGCCUCCUGAAAUAGACCAUGGACGAAUUUUAUUACCACGAUCAUCAGAAGAAAGGAGAGAAACAGAUUUUUCCAGAAGUCAUGAACACGGCAUUACACUCAACUAUGUUUGUGAUGAUGGUUUUAUGAUGGCUGAGGAUCAUGGUGUAACCUGUCACAUGGGACAGUGGAGCUCUCCACCUCGUUGUGUCGGACUUCCUUGUGGACCUCCACCUUCAAUCCCUCAUGGGAUUGUGUCUCAUGGACUAGACAGUUACCAACAUGGAGAAGAGGUGACAUACAGCUGUGCUGAAGGAUUUGGAAUUUCUGGACAAGCAUUGAUUAAAUGUGUAGGAGGAACUUGGUCCCAGCCACCAGCUUGCAUAAGAACUGAUUGUGACAGUUUACCCAGGUUUGAAAAUGCCAUACUCAUAGAAGAGGAAAAAGAUUCAUAUAGGUCAGGUGAACAAGUGACAUUCAAAUGUGCACCUUCUUAUCAAAUGAAUGGGUCCAACAUUGUGACAUGUGUCAAUCGCACAUGGAUUGGAGAGCUGGUAUGCAAAGAUUCAACAGGGAAAUGUGGGCCUCCUCCUCCUAUUGACAAUGGAGACAUCACCUCCUUCCCUCUGUCAGUAUACGCACCAUUAUCAUCAGUUGAAUAUCAGUGCCAGUCCUUGUACCAACUGCAGGGCAACAAGAAAAUAACAUGUAGAAAUGGAGAGUGGUCUGAGCCACCAAAAUGUUUACAUGCAUGUGUCAUAUCAGAGGAAAUUAUUAAAAGACAUAACAUAACUUACAGAUGGAUAAGAGACCAAAAACUAUAUACACAAUCAGGGGACUUUGUGGAAUUUGCAUGUAAAUAUGGAUAUGAAGCAACAGAUCCAUAUCAACUUUUUCGUACAAGGUGCAUCGAUGGUCAUAUCAAUUAUCCCAGUUGUUCAAGAAAACGUUCUUGGAUUUUUGGAUAAAUAUAAUUUGGAAAU